AUGAGUUAUAAUCCUUAUUAUUAUCAACCACCUCAACAACAUGAACAUGGUCAUCAUGAUCAUCAUCAUAGUGGAGGUGGUGAUGAAGAUCCACACUAUGGUCCUACUUAUGUAGACCCAAGAUAUCAACUACAACAACAGCAACAGCUAGAGCAACAACAAAAGUUGUCACCUACUCAGGGAUACUACCAACAACAGGGAUAUGAUUAUAAUCAAUAUAACUAUGGCAAUAACAACAAUAAUAAUUCACCAGUGGCAUCGACAACAACAACAAGUGGUUAUAACGAUCAAUCAACAUCAUAUGAUUCAUACUCAUACGGACAAGGACAGACCAAUAACAACAACACAAACAACAACAACAGCUAUCAAGGUUACUCACCGCCACCACAACAACAACAACAGUACGAUCAACAACAAGGUUCAUAUGAUCAUAUUCAACAAGGUACUGGCUAUGACUAUCAGCCACAACAACAACAUCAGCAACAGUAUGACUACUCCGCACAACAGAACUCAACGUCAAACCAGGGCUCAUACGACCAGUAUCAACAGUCAUCAUACUUGAACGUUCCUACGCCCGACAGCUAUGCAUCUCAAUCACCUCAGACUGGUGUCAGUCCCGCCACAUCCUCGCCACCUCAAGAUACAGCCUACAUCCACGAUGCCUAUCACAGCAGUAGCAACAGCAACACAACUGGAUAUGGAACUGGAACUGGAAGUGGUACUGGCACCGGCACUGGAUCUGGUUAUGGAUAUGAUGAUGGACAAGGCAGCCACCUAUCACAGAGCUACUACCAACCUACUCAAGAUCUGACACAGAGCUACCAACAACAGGGCAGCAACCUGGCACAGACUUACCCACAGUCCAAUCAAACACAGAGCUAUGGCUACGGAGGCAACAACACAAACAGCAACAACAAUUCCAACCUAUCGCAGAGCAACUACCAACAAGACCAGCAGAUGGAGAAUGAUAGGAUCAAUGCUUGGAAUGAGUACUACGAGAAGCAGAAGCAGUAUGAGUUACAACAGGAGCAGCAGCGCAACAAGGACAUGGAGGUUAUUGCUCAACAACAAAAGGCAGAGUACGACAAGAUGGUCGCCGAGCUACAGAAGGAGCGUGAUGAGGUCGAGCGCAAGAGACAGGAGUUGCAACGACAGCAGCAACAGCAAAAGGCUACGGGCGAUCAGCUCGAGGCCGAGAAGCAGAGGAUCAACAUCUGGCGCGAGGAAGAAAUGCGCAGACAGAUGAACGAGGUGCAGCGUGAGCGUGAGAUGGCCAAGAAGCACGAGGCUGAGAUGAGGAAGAAGCUGAUGGAGGAACAGGCCCUGCAACAACUGAACCUCAAUGAUCAGGCCAUCAAGCUGAAGCAACAGGAGGAGUCAAUUCGCAAGAAGAUCAAUGAGGAGCAGCAACUGCGCCAGAAGCAGGAGCAGCAGAAGCAGGAGGAGCUGCGCCAGAAGGAGAGCGGCCUGCUCAAGAAGGUGGAGGAGAUUGAGAACCUGUCCAAGCGACUGGAGGAGGAGAAGCGACGCCGAGAACAAGAGGCCAACAAUGAGAAGAGUCUGGCCGUGUCCAGACGUGACGAGGUUGCCAAGCAGGAAGCCGAGAUCAACAAGCGCAAGCUGGAGAUGGAGAAGGAGAAGAAGGCUCUGGAGGCCAUGCGUCUGGAAGAUCAAAAGAGGAACGAGGCGCACAAGAAGGAGGUGGAGCGCAUGAGACAGCAGGACGCGCAGCAGUUGAAGCUUCAGCAGGAGAGCAUCAAGCGUGAGCAGGACAUGCUGGACAUCCAGAAGAAGGAGCUGAAGCUGCAGGCUCGCGAGUCCACCGGACCCUCAUCAAGUACCAUCGACUCGUUGCAGCCAAUGCGUGACAUGGUCACAGUGUUGGCCGGUCAGAAGGCGCUGUCGCCACCCCCAGUGGCCAUCGCCAGAGAGUCGCCGCCAGCGCCCACGCGUCCCAAGCCACGCUUCCCACCCGUCGACAUGACCAAGGUGGUCAAUGGAUACAAGCUGGGCGAUGUCGUAAAGAUACAACGAUGCUAUCGCAAGUAUGUCAUGCGUAGAAAGUUCAAGGAGAUCGUGCAACAAGCUCUUCACUCUACCGACCACGAGACCGAGUCAUCCAAGAAGAGGUUCAGAGCUGUCAACGAGGUGUACUCAACCGAGGUAUCAUACCUUAACUCAUUGCUCGUGUUACAAAACUUCUACUUCAUACCAAUGGAGGUUGAGGCACGUGUUACCAAGUUAUUUAAGGUUGAGGAGAUUGGCAGGAUAUUCUCCAACCUCAAGAGUUUGCUCCAGAUCAGCACCGACUUCCAUCACCAGCUCGAGGAGCGUCUGCAUCACUUCCCCAUCCUGGUCGGUGAUGUGUUCCUAAAGUUUGCACCAAUCUUCAAGAUAUAUGUCGAGUAUAUCAACAACUUUGACAAUGUACAUCCAAUCGUAAAGACACUGAUGGAGAGUCCACAGGGCGCCAACUUCUUCAAUCAACAAAAGCAGAAGUCAAGAGUGAACACUGACUUACAAAGCUUGUUGAUCAUGCCCAUCCAACGUAUUCCAAGAUAUGAACUCUUGCUCAGAGAGAUAUUGGGGAAUACACCAGAGUCACAUGUAGAAUAUAAGAGCAUAAAGACUGCCUACGAGUCAAUGAAGAAGAUAAACCAGUAUAUCAAUGAGAGAAAGACCAAUGUCGAUCGUAGGACCAGGUUAUCAGAUGUACAGAAGGAGAUAAAGAAUGCACCUGAAUUGAUUGCAUCACAUAGAUACUUUGUACGCGAUGGAGAAUGUGUCAUUUCAUCGACCAAGAAGCAUGAGACUGGCAACUACCAUAUGCACUUCUUCAACGACUUGCUGUUGGUCUCCAAGAAGACCAGCUUCUUCUCAUCCUACAAGUACGAGUUCCUCUACAGUAUAUCUCUAAAGGAUGCCGAUGUCAGAGAUAUUGAAACAAAUGAUGCCAUGGUUCGCGUUGUCAAGGGCCGACUGGACUCACUGGACGUUGUUAUCUACACACUUUGCUUCACGUCAAAGAAAGAGAAGGAUCUAUGGUUGGCUGAUCUGGCUAAAGAGAUAGGCUCUAUGAACAAGACUAUUCAAUCAAUGAGCAGUAUGGACUUGAAGCUCAGUAUGCGAUCAUAG